AUGGCAAAUAGAGUGUCGAACGAUCAGCUCGAAGACCUAUUGAAGUUUCUUGGCCAACAUCCCGCUUUAGCCAAAGGAGCUGGUCUUGGAGCAAGAUACAAAGAAACUGUCGAUAAACUGUGGGAUAUUCUUGCUACAAAGCUGAAUGCUCAUGAAUCUGGGUCAUCGAAAUCCGGUGAACGGUGGAAAAAGUACUGGGCUGAUCUCAAACACAAAAGUAAGUGUCGACUUACAAAACGGAGGCAAGGUUCUUCAGCAACUGGUGGUGGUCCAAGUAGCCAAGAUGAUUUAUCGGAGACUGACAAAAAAAUCUUGUCCAUCAUUGGAAAGCAAGCUGUAUUUGGUGACGGUGAGCACAGAGUUCCUAUAUUAACCACUGAACCUGACAUUGAAACAGUUCAAUUUCCUGAUACUGUAAAGUCACCUUCAACAAGAGGGCAAACAUGUAGGAUUUAUCAGUCUAAAGUCGAUCCGGAAUGGGUCAUGAAACAAGAGGAGAAAAGGGUUGAGGCUGAAAAAAAGCUUGCCGAUGCUGCAAUGGUGAUGGCAGAGGCAUCUCGCAUGCAAGCUGAAGUAGCCCGCACACAAGCUCACAUAACUGGCACACUCGUAGAGCUUGUGCAAAGGCAAAGCGAAGACUUACGUGCCUUGCUUGAAGCACGGCGACUACCAGAACUCUAA